AGAGAGCAUCGUUUUCACUCUGAGCUUCAGAGAAGAUCAUGCAGACAGAGCAGAAAGUUCUGGUAGCAGAGCGCAGACUGAUAAACGAGUAGAGAGAGAGAACAGCACACCUGAGGAACAGAGGAGGAACCAGGAGAUAGAGAAGAGCUUAGCGGAGAAGAUCUGAGGAACAUCUGAAGAGUGAGAACAGAGCAUCUCUCUGCAGAGCCUGAAGAUGUGCUGUCUGUGUGUUAUCAGAGGAUCGGGAGAGUUGCUUUUCUCCUCAUCAUGGAGCUUCAUGAGGCUGGAGCGCUGAGAGCUUUAACUACAGGGAUCAGGUCAGGAGUGGACGGCUGUGGAGGCUGAGAGAUUAAGCCGUGGCAGAUCCUCCUCAGAGAGUAAUUAGGAGGGAACAAAGAAGGGAUCGCCCUGGAGGAAACUGCUUGAUGAGAACCUGUGCUGAUCCAGAGUCUACAUCCAUUAGCCAGUGUGUGCCCUCCAGAAACCCUCCAGUUUCUCAUCACUUUGUCAUAUCUGGACCAUCUUCUACUUUUUCUAUAUCUCUAUCACCUCCUCCAUCUCAGUCUGUUUCUCUCAUGUCUCUUCUCUUUCAUUCUUCUCCGUCUCAUUCUUUUUCUCACUUUCUCUUGGAAUGAAGGAAUAAUCUACUGCUGUAAGACUUGCCAGCAGCCAUGCCGGUGAUGAAGGGGCUUCUGGCCCCUCAGAACACCUUCCUGGACACCAUCGCCAAGCGCUUUGAUGGCACCCACAGCAACUUUCUGCUGGGAAAUGCUCAGGGAUCCCGCGGUUACCCCAUCGUUUACUGCUCUGACGGAUUCUGCGAGCUGACCAGCUUCGCCAGAACCGAGGUCAUGAAGAAAACGUGCACGUGUCACUUCCUGCACGGGCCAGAGACGAGCGAGAGAGUAACCCAGCAGGUGCAGAAAACCCUGGAAGGUCAGAGAGAGUACCAGGCCGAGGUCCGCUACUACAAGAAGAACGGAACCCCAUUUUGGUGUCUGCUGGACAUCGUCCCCAUAAAGAAUGAGAAAGGAGAGGUGGUGCUUUUCCUCUUCUCCUUUAAAGACAUCACCGACUCCUACGGCAAGACGCACCACUGCUCCAAGAGUCACGAAGAUGGCACCCAGAACAGGAAGUCCAGCCGCUCGCAUCUGAGCCGGGCACGUGAGCGUGGGCGGAGCGUCCUGUACCACCUGACCAGUCAGUUUACCAAUCGGAGAAAAGGGAAGCUGGCAAAUAAUGUUUUCUCGAAGCCCACACUGCCGGAGUAUAAAGUGGCUUCAGUCCAGAAGUCCCGCUUCAUCCUGCUCCACUACAGCGUGUGCAAAGCAUUGUGGGACUGGCUAAUCCUCCUCGCAACGUUCUACGUGGCCGUCACCGUCCCAUACAACGUGUGCUUCUCGUCCCCUGACGACAGUAACCAUGAUGAGCCGGAGUGUGACUCCACCUCCAGGAGUACCAUCGUUAGCGACAUAGCUGUGGAGAUGCUGUUCAUCCUGGAUAUCAUCCUGAAUUUCCGCACCACCUAUGUGGGGCCGGCAGGGCAGGUGGUGUAUGACGCCAGGUCGAUCUGCCUGCACUACUCGGCCACCUGGUUCAUCCUGGACCUGAUCGCCGCCCUGCCUUUUGACCUGCUCUAUGCAUUCAACGUCUCAGUGACGUCGUUGGUGCACCUGCUGAAGACAGUGCGUUUGCUGCGUUUGUUGCGCUUGCUGCAGAAGCUGGACCGUUACUCUCAGUACAGCGCGGUGGUCCUCACUCUUCUCAUGUCUGUCUUCGCCCUCCUCGCCCACUGGCUCGCCUGUGUCUGGUACGUCAUCGGCCGCAAAGAGCUUGCCAGCAAUGACCCGCUCACCUGGGACAUCGGCUGGCUGCAGGAGUUGGGGAAGCGUUUGGAGAUCCCGUACACCAAUGGUACGACUGGUGGUCCUUCCAUGCGCAGUGCCUACAUCGCCUCACUCUACUUCACUCUGAGCAGUCUGACCAGCGUGGGCUUCGGCAAUGUCUGCGCUAACACUGACGCCGAGAAGAUCUUCUCCAUCUGCACCAUGCUCAUCGGAGCCCUGAUGCACGCGGUGGUGUUUGGCAACGUGACAGCGAUCAUCCAGCGCAUGUACUCUCGCCGCUCCCUCUACCACACACGCAUGAAGGACCUGAAAGACUUCAUCCGCGUGCACCGUCUGCCUCGACAGCUGAAGCAGCGAAUGCUGGAGUACUUUCAAACCACUUGGUCCGUCAAUAAUGGCAUCAACGCCAACGAGCUCCUGCACGACUUCCCUGAUGAGCUGCGGGCUGAUAUCGCCAUGCACCUGAACAAGGACAUCCUGCAGCUGCCACUCUUCUCCUCUGCCAGUAGGGGAUGCCUGCGCUCGCUGUCUCUGCACAUCAAGACUUCUUUCUGUGCCCCGGGCGAGUACCUCAUCCGGCAUGGUGAUGCCCUGCACGCCCACCACUUCGUCUGCUCUGGAUCCCUCGAGGUGCUGAAGGACGGCAUGGUGCUCGCCAUACUGGGAAAGGGGGAUCUGAUCGGAGCCGACCUGGCGGGGUGGGAUCAGGUGAUCAAGGCCAACGCAGACGUGAAGGCUUUGACCUACUGUGACCUGCAGUACAUCAGCAUCCGAGCACUGCGUGAGGUCCUGGAGCUCUAUCCUGAAUACGGCAGCCGCUUCACAGAGGACCUUCACCACAACCUCACCUACAACCUCCGAGAAGGCCAGACGCAAUUUCCUCGCUCCCCAAGAAUCUCACAGGAGCGCUCAGACACUGCUCUUCACUCAAAGCUGCCCUUCAUCGUGGAGGCAGAGGAAGAGGACGAAGCCGAGCAGGAAGUGGGCAGGCAGCCCUUGUUGUCCAGCACAGGCGGCUCUUCGUCACAGUCCACUCUCAGCGCCAUGCUGGGGGAGGAGUUACGGCACUUCAACAUGCUCCGCCUCUGCCGCUCUCCGACGCAAGGUUACCGGGGACAGAGCCCCGCCCGUGCAGUGCCAGCCACUGACGAGCUGUGUGCCCCAGUAGUUGACACAGGCCCCACCCACCGACCGGCCAAGCUGCUCAUCCCCUCCCUCAACUGCGUCAGCCCUCUGGACCUGAGCCCUAGGGUUGUUGAUGGUAUAGAGGAUAACACACCAGCAUUUCAAUUCAACGUGGAGCCCAGUGAGGUCAACCCUAACACCCGGGUCAAAGACCCUUUUCAGAUGAAUGCAAACCUGCUGCUUGAGACUGAGGAGGUCAGACACAGCAUUUCCCAACUCAAUACAGAGAUGAGCCGCCUUAACCAGGAGGUGUCCAAUCUGGCCAAAGAGCUUCACGAGAUGAUGCAUUUUCUCCACACUCACAUGACCCUAUCCCACUUCCCUUCCACACUGCCUACAUACUCAUCGUUCAGCCUCCACCCGCAGCCCAGCAGCACCAGCUUGACCUCUUCAUCUUCAGACUGGCCCAACCGACUACCCUUCAGCAUGGCCACCCCAGCUCCCUGUAGACAGACGGAGGCCACCACCAGGGACACUUUAGGGCUCCGGGCCGGCUGCAGAUGCGGUGGGGAUCCAACCCAUGAAAGAAGCUCCAUUGUGGGUCAAGAAGGGGAGCAUAUCCAUCAAUCAGCCAGUCUACACAGCACCUGCCCACACUCCAUGUGCUGCACUGACCAGGAAAGAGUGGCAGCCCUCGGCCUGGAGAGCCAGCCAAGCCCCUACCACACCUCCAGGACCACCCCCAACUCGCCUUACCUGAGCCACCAAGCACACCGACCAGUACCCUCUCUUCUCAGCUUGGCCCCAAACUUCUCCUCCAUGUCUGGCCCUCCCGGAAUGGCCCCUCAGGUCAGAAUCGGGCCCUCUAUAAAUUCCCCAAGCAAGGUCCAGCCUCUGUGUUCACAUGCUAACCUUAGCAAGUCCCACCCCUCUCUGAACCUCCAGACGCCCCCUGACCCCACGUGUCAACGCCCUUCAGGGGCCACACCCAUACACAUCUCGCUCACGCCCACCGGCCAGCCACAGCCCCUUACUGCAGUUAGUCCACUGCUGCAUGUUGGGAUUUGUAGUUCUAGCACUUUACACUUUCCUACAGAACCCAGACAGAACGAUCUGGUGGGGUCGAGUCCUGUUCACGCACAUGAGAACGUCCUGAUCUCUGCAGGGGAAGCGACAGACACUGCAGUGGUUUGAAACUGUCUGAAUGUAAGGAGAUGAGCUCUGAUAACCGUAAAGUUCUGCAAUGCAUAUCAGCUCCAUAUCAGUUUACACCCUUUUUCAUCGGAAAAAAUGAAUGUAUUACAUAAUGUAUCAUAAUUAUAUAGCCUACAUAUUAGCUUUAUAGUAAUUACCAGGGACCGACAGGGUAAUGAUAUGCUAUGCAUAUCAUAGGAAUCAUAUCAUCAGUACUGAGCAAUGGAUGUGUCAUUAAAAAGACAGAUUUAGGAUUUAGACUUUUUUCUAAUUAUGGAGAGCCUUUAAGUAAACAACAACCACUUUAGUUACUGCAUAGUGACUAUAGUAGAUGAUUGGUUGUCAGCAUUUUAUUUAUUUUAUAUAUUUUAUAGAUGUAUUUAUUCUUAAUAUAUAAUAAUUAUAUAAUUUAUAGUGAUAGUUAAAACAGUUAAAAACUGUUUACCCCUAUCUGUGUAUAAAGGUCUCAGACUCCUGAUCAUUAAGGCUGUGGUGAUGAUGGAAUCAAACUAAACAAAACAAAAAUUAAUUUCCUAAAUCUUGUUAAUUCGGAGGCUUGUUAAAAAAAAGCAAAAUGAAAACCACAUGAAAUCACUUAUGAACAUGCAACGUAAGAUAAGGCAGUCAGGCAGCCACUCUAGAGCUAUGAAACUGUGUCCAUAUGUGUGUCCAAACAAGUAACUUUUCUCAAAACUAUGCUUUUAUGUACACGAUACAAUACAAUUUGCCAGUGUUAAAUGAGCAAUUUAAUUUACACUGUAAGUGUUAAAAUACAAGACUUAAUUAACACAGUUUAGUUAAUUUAACACAGUAAUUUCACAGCUCUCAAGUGGCCCUACGUUCUAACUGCUGCUUAUCAAGGGUUCAGCACUUAGUUCUGUCCAAAGCCCAACUUCACUGUCUGGGGACAAUAAACAGUAAGCAAAUGAAAUGGGGAGGAGCACUUAAUAGCCUUAAGAGUAUUAACUGAAUAAUAAACAUUUAUAAGCCAGUUAAUGUCAACAUUUUGUCCUUAUAUGGAACAACUGCAUAUCUAAAUAAAUUCAAACACGCCUAUCUAUUCUGGCAUCUGGUUGUAAAGCCUUCCCAGAAUAAUAGAGGCUGUUAAUAACAACCUUUCUUUGGUGGGUUUCUAUUGUAAUGCUAAGCACUUUGUCAUACUUUUACAUUUACCAUUUAUUGUUUAUUCUAAAAAUGCAAGCAUUUAUAAUAUUUCCAAUGUAAAUAUAAAUUUAGGAUUAUUCUGACCUAUUUGUAACUCACUACUUGAAGUUCAUGUGCAAUUCUACCUCAACAACAAUAAAGGUUGCUAAUUCUGCCUUAAAAUAACCUUAAUUAUGUGCUUGUUCUUUUGGACAGUAAAACUACAAAUUUUCUAAAAUGUAUAAUCAUUUAAUUUAUCAAAUAUGACACUGAACAAGAUUAAUUUCUAUCUGUUUUCUAAUUACUUUCUAUCUGUAAUUAAUAGAAAGACAACUUUAAUUAAAGCAGAGUAUGGACAGAAGGUUCAUCUGUAUCAUAAAUAAAUAAAUGAGGCUUAAGAAGGCUUUUUGGAAACAUGAAUAAACUGGCUUUUUCAAACACUUUAACAUUAUUGUUAAGGUUGCUUGUAAAUCUCUAAGAUUAAUUGAUAUUGAGAAAUGCACCCCAAAAAAGGUAUAAAGAAAUGCUUAACAAAUAAAUAUCUAUUGUUGGAAAUGUAGUAAAUCUUUAACUCUGUUCCUGGUACUUUUACCAAAGAAUUAGUGCAUUUAUGGGAUUUUAAACCAAAGGAGAAUGUUAUUUUUUCCAAAUGUGCCAAACGUGUAUUAAAAAAAUCUUUGAAUGUACAUCAUAUCUUAUACCAUUGUUGAGAAAAAAACGUCUUUUGUCUACUUUUUGCCAUUUGUUAUAUUUUCUUUUACAUAAUACAAAUAUGCUUGAUUUUGCAUUGUGUCCAGAUUUCACCAUGAAUGGAAACAAUAGAAUAGAAAUACUUUAAAAUGUUUUUUUUUCUUUACAAUAUACAAAAACAAAAAUAACUACUACAAAGUUGCAAAUAGGCAGAGAAUAGAAAAAUAAAAAAUAAUAAAUUACCUGGAAUUUUUUGUACAUUGCUAAACUCUCACUUCAAUCAUAAUAAUUCUGGGGUUGCAUAUUUGGUUUUAGAGCUUCUACAUUAUUUUUUUUUUUCAGGCAAAAAACAUAUACUGUAUUUUUUGCACUAUAAGGUGCACCAGAUCAUCAGGCGCAUGAUCAAUAAACAUCUAUUUUCUGGUCUAUUUUCAUACAUAAGGCACACCGGAUUAUAAGGCCUAUUUUAAGAGACACUACAAGGAACUUCCAAUUCAGCAGGUCUCGCCGCUGGGUGGUGGUGGCGGGGCAACUAACUAAGUUAAAUAAAGCUAAGCUAAGUAAACAAAACUGUCAUAAAAAAAACAUUUUAUUUUAAAGUCAAACGAGCGCUGGAUGUUAAUCUACACAGAAUUCUCUCCUGAAAACGGUUUAUUUGGGUGAGUAAAGUGCCUCCAUUUAUUUAUAGUAGGCUUAGAUUCCCUAAUUUCUCCAGCAAGGCUGGAACAUUAGCAUUAGCAGCUAACCGCUAGCUACACUGAGGAACCCUGGGAGAUCCAGUAAGCUGGGGCGAUAUUAGCUAGCAGUUCAUCCCACAGAGCUUGUUUUAACACGGUAAACACGCAGGCUACAGUCUGAUAUACUUACCUCUAAACAGCAAAAGAGCUAGUGCGGUUAGCAGCUAAUGCUAAUGCUACUCCAGCCCUGAUGCUGGAGAACUAAACUAAAACUCUUGUAUAAUGCUGUUCUUUAGCAGAGUGGCUUUACUGCAUUUUACAACCUGACUUGUAAAAUUUAUACAUAAGGUGCACUGGUGAUUUUUGGGAAAAUUAAAUAAUUUUAAGUGUGCCUUAUAGUGCGAAAAAUACUGAUUUUUUUUAUUUAAUCUCACAUGUUUUUGCCUGUAAACGUGAUUUAAAAGAACUUCACAGCUCUCAUAAAUUCCCAAUCCUUUUUUUCCCCUCUGCUCUCUGUCUGAUUUUGCUCUCUUUUUCUAAUAUCUCUUAAGAACAGACUAGAAUGCCUCUAGACAAACUUUAUUUUAUUUACUUUUGCAGGGAUUGCGCUGGCAAACAAUCCCAAUGAGCUCAAACUGUUAAAAAAUGGGUAUUUUCUUACAUGUUGUUACUAAUACAUUAUGUAUGACUGUGACCAAACAGUGACCAGAGCAUGUCUGUUUCUUUCUCUGUUCUCAUAGUCAAGAUGUUCAGUCUUGUGCAUGUGCAGAUGGGGUGUGAUCUGGAGCUGAUAUGCAUUGCCACAUUGCUACAGUAGCAUCUAUGCCUGUGUGUCGAACAGCUGACUGAAAGACGCUCAAGACGCAAUAUUUAUAGGCCAUAUGGAGGAAUGUCACAGAUAGUGAGUCUCCAUGGAGACUGAAGAAAACGGGUUGUCCCUGGCGCAGAGGAAGGACGAUGAAAUGAGGAUUCCUCUGAGAGGCUGGAGCGCGGGAAUCAGCUCCCUGAUUGUCUAAAUCAGAGCAUUCAUCAGUGGAUGAAAAGCUGUGGCUAAUCUGUUCCAUUCAAUUCAAAUCAAUUCAGAUUUGAACAGAAGAAACAGGGUAUCUCAAUACAUAAACAAAACUGGACUGUGUUCAAACACUUCUACACAGUUCUUCACACUGCGGUAAGGGACCUGAUCCAGGGAAGGCAAGCACCUGCACCCACACCCGCACUAGUGGCCUUCAAUACAGUGGGCUGACUGAUAAAUCAUCUUGUUUUAAGUACACUCCACCAGAUCUUUCUACUGUGGGUGCCUGCAUGGUUUAAUAUAUACAGCCUCUAGUGUCGUACUAGAGAGCAUAUUGGCAAACCUGUCUGCCGUGCUAAUUAAAACCUCGCACUGCAUGAUAUUCCUGACAGCUUUCCUUCUGUGGAUUAUGUGCUUUGUAUUCGUUAACUGCUUCUCUUGUUUACAGCCACAGCAGUCUGACAGACAGAAAAUAUACAGUGGCUUAUAAAAGUGUUUAUAGUGUUGAUUUUUUUUCACAUUUUUUAAUUUUUCAACCACAAAUAAAAUGUUUUUUAUUAAAAUUUUAAUUGAUAGACCAACACAAAGUAGCACAUACUUUUUAAGUUGAGCGAAAAUGAUAUAUGGUUUUAAUUUUUUUUUAUCAAAUAAAGGUCUAAAAAGUGAAAAAAACAUGCAAUAGUAUUCAGGCUCCCUUUCUCUGAAACACUCAUUAAAAUCCAGUCCAAUCAAUUGCUUUUAGAAGUGACUUAAUUAGUAGAUAGAGUCCUGAGAGCUAUGUUUAAUUUAGUCUCAUUAUAAAUAUAAACACCUGUUCUGUUAAGGCCUCAGUAGUUUGUUAGAGAACACUAGUAAACUAACAGCAUUACGAAGACCAUGAAACUCACCAGGAGGUCAGAGACAAAGUUAUAGAAAGGUUUAAAGCAGGGUUAUGUUCUACCUGUCCACCUAAACUAACAGAUCAACCAAGGAGAGCACUGGUCAGAGAAGCAGCCAAGAGGCCCAUGGUCACUCUGGAGAAGCUGCAGAAAUCCACAGCUCACAGGACAGUCGUGCAGUCCACAAAUCUGGCUUUUAUGGUUUAUGGAAGAGUAACAAGAAGAAAACCAUUGUUGAAAGAAAGACAUAAGAAGUGCAGUUUGCCACAAGCCAUGUAAGGGACACAGCAAACAUGUAAAAGAAGAUGCUGUGUUCAGAUAGGAGCAAAGUUGAACAUUUUGGCCUAAAUGCAAAAGUAACACUGCUCAUCACCCUGCAUAUACAAUCCCCAUUGUGAAACAUGGUUGUGGCAGCAUCAUGUGGUGGGGAUCCUUUUUUCAGCUGGGACUUAUUACAGAUUUUUAUUUGAUAAAAAAAAUGAUCAUUCCAAUUCACAAUUAUGUCCGAGUUUGUGUUGAUCUAUCACUUAUCUCAAUAAAAUAUAUUUAAGUUUGUGGGUGUAACGUGAAAAAAGUGAGAAUGUUCAAGUUCGAGUUUAAACCCUUUUGCAAGUCACUGUGUAUCUGUCUGACUGACCUGCUGUUGAAGUUUAGACAGGCUCACUUGGCUCACUAGGUAGCCUAUCACUCAGGAAUGCACAAUAUAUUAUUAAGACAAAAAGUACUUAAAUGCUGCAUUAUAUACUACACCUUACUAUUGAAAAGGUUUAUAAAUGUUUAUAAAUAACGCUCUAUUACAAUCAUAUAUACUGUAUUGGAUACAAGCAUAUUCUGUUAUAUCUUUUGCUUUUUUAUAUGAAUGAAUGACUGUGAGUUGGUGACUGUACUCCAGUGGUUCCAGCUACUUUGUUGAAGGCUGUUAAAGAAAUACUUCAGGGUUUAAUAACGUUAUCACCAUCUGCUGCAUCUAAUUGUAGCUAUCUUAUUUUUCGCGAAUUAUGCAACAACAGUAAAAAACGGGUUAAUGUUACUUAACAUUUCUUUGUACAUCACACAAGUACACAAGUACAUCUUUUCUAGUGGUUCCUGGCACAAUUUAUUUGCACAAUGGGCAUGUCGCGCACCUCUAACUCACCAUUAGUGUGUAGUACUCUGAACUAUGUAUACAUUCCCUUUUAGUAUUACAGUAUAAAAAAAACAUGAUUGCCAGUUGGCCUUGUUUAAAUUUUUUAAACUUAAACUUUUAGUUUAUCUCGUUGGCCUGUUUCCUUUCUGCCAGUUGAUCCUAUCAUUAUAUGGAAAAUUUAACCCAGCAUAAUAUCAUACUUAUAUAUGACAAAUUAAAGAACAAUAGCAACUUGCUCUUAUGGCCUACAACACUGUGGCCAUAAAAUAUAACUGAAUACUCAAGGGAAGGUGGCCUGGUGGGCAAGAUUACUCCCUGGUGGUAUAAUAAUUGAUGGGGGGGCACACCUAUUAUGCAAAUAAAUGACGGCAAUAGCCAAUAGGAAAGAUGUCCGUAUUGUGUGCCAUUCUACAAAACGUAAAACAAAAAGUAAACUUUACCUUAACAUUUUUAGUGUGUCUCAGCUCUUUAUUUUACUUUUUUUUGUUGCUUAAUUUCUAGUGUUUUUUUUCUUCACUUUUCUUAUGUUUAGUACGAUUUCCUGAAGUACAUGUGUAACAUUUAAACCCCAUGAAACACUUUUUUUUACAAUGUAAUAAAAAUCCCUCCUUAACUCCAACAGAAACAGGAUAAACUCUUUUUUAAAUCUUAGAUUUGUAAAAAAAAAAAAAAAAAACUGUCCUAUGUUGUUCAUAUGUUGUACCUCUGAUCAUUGCUCAUAGGCAAAUACACUAAAUGUCUGAAGAUGAUAAUCAGCUAGAUACUAAGAUAAUAAGAUGCAGCAGAGAUAGGGUAGGGUGAAAAACACUGGAGUAUUUCUUUAAUGCUUUUGACUCUAAAAAGCACACAGCCCGUCCUAUUAUGUUUUAAUAGCAUUUUGAAUGACGCCAUAAAACCAUUUUUUGCAUUUGUGAGGCUUUUGUGCUCUGUUUGUACUGACUUGCCUAACAGAUGUGAAGUGCUUUAAUGAAUAAAUGCAAACUAUAAGAGUUAUGUACAAAAUAAAAUGCAGAUUUUU